UGUGGCUGGCCGGGGGCGGAGAAGCUGGGGGUCGGGGUCCCUCCCCCUGGCGCGGGCUCAGGAAUCCGCCGAAGGGCGGGCGGAGGCGCCGGGGUGGGCCGCGCCGCGGCAGGCGGGCGGGCGGGGGGCGCUUCCUGGGGCCGCGCGUCCAGGGAGCUGUGCCGUCCGCCCGUCCGUCUGCCCGCAGGCAUUGCCGGAGCCAACUGAGCAGCCAGAGCCUUGGGCCGCGGGGGCGUCGCGGGCCCAACCCCAGGAUGCUCCCCUGCGCGUCCUGCCUCCCGGGGUCUCUACUGCUCUGGGCGCUGCUGCUGCUGCUCUCCGGGCCAGCGUCUCCUCAGGAUUCGGAAGAGCCCGACAGCUACACGGAAUGCACAGAUGGCUAUGAGUGGGACCCAGACAGCCAGCACUGCCGGGAUGUCAACGAGUGUCUGACCAUCCCUGAGGCCUGCAAGGGGGAAAUGAAGUGCAUCAACCACUACGGGGGCUACUUGUGCCUGCCCCGCUCCGCUGCCGUCAUCAAUGACCUACACGGCGAGGGACCCCCACCACCAGUGCCUCCCGCUCAACACCCCAACCCCUGCCCACCAGGCUAUGAGCCCGACGAUCAGGAGAGCUGUGUGGAUGUGGAUGAGUGUGCCCAGGCCCUGCACGACUGUCGCCCCAGCCAGGACUGCCAUAACUUGCCUGGCUCCUAUCAGUGCACCUGCCCUGAUGGUUACCGCAAGAUCGGGCCCGAGUGUGUGGACAUAGACGAGUGCCGCUACCGCUACUGCCAGCACCGCUGUGUGAACCUGCCUGGCUCCUUCCGCUGCCAGUGCGAGCCGGGCUUCCAGCUGGGGCCUAACAACCGCUCCUGUGUGGAUGUGAACGAGUGUGACAUGGGAGCCCCAUGUGAGCAGCGCUGCUUCAACUCCUAUGGGACCUUCCUGUGUCGCUGCCACCAGGGCUAUGAGCUGCACCGGGACGGCUUCUCCUGCAGCGAUAUUGAUGAGUGUAGCUACUCCAGCUACCUCUGCCAGUACCGCUGCGUCAACGAGCCAGGCCGGUUCUCCUGCCACUGCCCACAGGGCUACCAGCUGCUGGCUACACGCCUCUGCCAAGACAUUGAUGAGUGUGAGUCGGGUGCACACCAGUGCUCCGAGGCCCAAACCUGUGUCAACUUCCAUGGGGGCUACCGCUGUGUGGACACCAACCGCUGCGUGGAGCCCUAUAUCCAGGUCUCUGACAACCGCUGCCUCUGCCCAGCCUCCAACCCUCUGUGUCGAGAGCAACCUUCGUCCAUUGUGCACCGCUACAUGACCAUCACCUCAGAGCGGAGCGUGCCCGCCGACGUGUUCCAGAUCCAGGCGACCUCCGUCUACCCUGGCGCCUACAAUGCCUUUCAGAUCCGUGCUGGAAAUUCGCAGGGGGACUUCUACAUUAGGCAAAUCAACAACGUCAGCGCCAUGCUGGUCCUCGCCCGGCCGGUGACAGGCCCCCGGGAGUAUGUGUUGGACCUGGAGAUGGUCACCAUGAACUCCCUCAUGAGCUACCGGGCCAGCUCUGUACUGAGACUCACCGUCUUCGUGGGGGCCUACACCUUCUGAGGAGCAGGAGGGAGCCACCCUCCCGCAGCUCCCUUAGCUGAGGAGCCUGUUGUGAGGGGCAGAAUGAGAAAGGCAAUAAAGGGAGAAAGAAGGAGUCCUGGUGGCUGAGGUGGGAGGGUCACACUGCAGCAAGCCUCAGGCUGGGGCAGGCCAAGUCCACCUAAGUGGGGGUCUCUGUGUGCUCAGACCCAGGGGGCCCCACUGACAGGAGCUGGGAGCUCCGUACCACAGGCUUCAGUCACCCCGAGAGCAGAGGAGGUAAUGAGGAGGGCGGACCAGAGAUCUGGACUUGGCUGCUCUGCAGGGGUCCUGAGAAACUGCACUCGGGAUAGCGUCAGGAGGCCCUGGGUUCCAGCCUAACUCUGUCUCAAGCUGUACAUUUUGACAAGUCCUAGUGGUUCCCUGAGACUGUUUUUCCAUAAAAUGAGGCAACUGGA